AUGUCUGUUGCCCCUACCGGCCAUGCUCAAGCCGACGACUCCUCUAUCUCACGUCCUUCCUCUUCUCCCCACAUCAUAGCAGAGCCCCAGCCGUCACGCCAACCCGUUUAUCAGCAGAUGGAACCGGCUGCACAGGCGCGUCUGCCAACAUCACAUAACGUUAGUAGCGGGGCAGUGGUGGCUGGCUCUCACGCGACCACCACAGGCGACGCUUCGUCAAUCCUCCCGAGGCAAGGAAGUCGGAGUGGCGUGAAGGAGAAGAAGACUAGAAGUCUUGACUAUGUCUUGAGAAGUGGACUAGCGGGGGGCUUGGCUGGUUGCGCUGGAAAAACGGUAGUAGCGCCCCUUGACCGAGUAAAGAUUCUCUUUCAAGCGUCAAAUCCGCAGUUCGCCAAAUACACAGGAAGUUGGUUUGGACUCGUUUCUGCGGUCCGGGAUAUCAAACGUCAUGAGGGUGCAAAGGGCCUCUUCCGAGGCCAUUCAGCGACAUUACUUCGAAUCUUCCCCUAUGCCGCCAUUAAAUUCCUCGCCUACGAACAGAUCCGCGCCGCUGUUAUUCCGUCCCACGACAAGGAGACGCCAUUCCGCCGACUAAUUGCGGGGAGUAUGGCUGGCAUGACAUCGGUUUUCUUCACAUAUCCGCUCGAGUUGAUUCGUGUGCGGUUAGCGUUCGAAACCAAGAAGACAUCUCGCUCUUCGCUGUCCGGUGCCAUUCGGCAGAUCUACAGCGAGCGAGUUUCUGUACCCCAGGAUUUGUCGGCCGCAAAGGGACCGUCCUCAAUGGCUGCUGCUGCCGCGGAUACUGUAGCGUCCACGACCAGAAAGGUUGUUCCUAGUUCAGGGCUGGCGAACUUCUAUCGUGGAUUCACACCAACGCUCAUCGGAAUGUUUCCGUACGCGGGCGUUUCUUUCCUGACUCACGACACAGUCGGCGAUUGGCUCCGUCUGCCAGCAUUGGCUCCCUACACGACGAUACCGGGAUCGGAAUCCACCUCUCCGGGCCAUACGCACAGCGGAUCGUGGAGACCGCAGCUGACAGCUGCGGCCGAACUCUUCUCCGGAGCAGUUGCUGGUCUCGUCUCCCAAACCUCCUCGUACCCCCUUGAGGUGGUACGUCGGCGGAUGCAAGUCGGCGGUGUAGUCGGCGACGGACGUCGACUGGGAAUUGCCGAGACUGCUCGGACAAUCUUACGGGAGAGGGGACUCCGAGGGUUCUGGGUCGGAUUGGGGAUUGGCUACCUGAAGAUGAUACCCAUGACGGCUACUAGUUUCUUCGUGUACGAACGCGCGAAGUGGUCAUUGGGGAUCUAG